ACGAAAAAAAAAAAGAUGGUUGCCGGAUUCCGUCGCUCACUCUCGUUUUCCACCCCAAGUCCCAGACGUUCACCACCGCCGGAGAAAUCCUACCACGUUAGAUCCAUCAGCCUUCCAUGCAAAUCUCACCCGUUGAUCUCCCAGCUGAAGGAUAAGAUCAACGAGCUUAGGAAAUGGGAAUCAGAAUCAGAGGCGGCCGCCACCACCACUGGAUUCUCCUCAUCAGCCUGUCUAUGUAACGGGUUGAGCCACCUUAAGAACGUCCAAGACUGCCUCGACGAUCUCCUACAUCUUCCCCAGACACAAGAGUCCCUCCGCCGUCGAUCUGAUUGGGUCGAGAACCUUCUAGAAGAUUUCCUCCGUUUCGUUGAUGUCUACGGCAUCUUUCGAGCUGCACUCUUGUCUCUCAAGGAACAACAUUUAGCAGCUCAGGUAUCCAUAAGGAGGAGAGAUGAAUCCAAUAUAGCCUCUUACGUGAAGUCAAGUAAGAGGAAGGAUAAGGAGAUGAGAAAGCUUGCGUCGAUCGUCCGACGUAUCGGAAAGUGCUCUUCGCCGGCAUUGGUGUCGGUGUCAUCGGAUUCUGAUUCUGAGUUGGCAGCUGUUCUUAGGGAUGUGAACCAGGUCACGGUUUCGGUUUCGGUAACCCUCUUUAAUGGAAUUUCGUCUUCAUCUGGGUCAUGGAUGACGGGAUGGAGGGCACAGAAAAUAAAGAAAGAGAAGGGAAUUUGGGAGUUCGAGGAAGCCAAAUUGCAGAGCCUAAGGUGGUUGAGAAAAAAGGGAGAUGAAGAGGAGGUGAGGAUGAGUUUGAUUAGUAGAUUGCAAGCGUUGGACGAUUGUAUUGGAGGAAUCGAAAGUGGAAGUGAGAAAGUGUUUAGGAGUCUAAUGAACACCAGAGUUUCUCUGCUCAACAUCCUCACUCAAUAA